AAUUAUCGCCCCCAUUCGCAAGGAAUCCAAAGUACGCGAUAAAUCCAAAACCUCCCCGUACGCAUUUCGAUCCGAUCCCUCCCACCUCCUCUCCUCUUCGAUCUCGUCUCCCUCGAUCCGGUUCUGUGAUCUAGGGUUCGUCGCGCUCGCUCCGCUCGGAGGAAUCCAUGGCGAGGAUGCUGAGGAGUUGCUUGCAAUCGCUGCUGAAGCUGGUGAACUCGGUGAUCGGGUUGACGGGGAUGGGGAUGAUUCUCUACGCGCUCUGGAUGCUUAGGGCUUGGUUCAAGCAGAUCGGGGGAGGCGGGGGUUUCGAUUCCUCUCCUCCGUGGUUCAUUUACACAUUUCUCGGUCUAGGUGUCUUCUUGUGCUUGCUAACUUGUUCGGGGCACAUCGCUGCCGAGACUGCAAAUGGCCAUUGCCUUUCUUGUUACAUGGCCUUUGUGUUUUUGCUUGUGUUACUGGAGGCUGCAAUUACUGCCGAUAUUUUUCUGAACAGAAACUGGGAAGAGGAUUUUCCAGAGGAUCCAAGUGGGAAAUUCGAUGAAUUUAAAAAUUUUGUGAGGUUGAAUUUUGAAAUGUGCAAAUGGAUAGGCUUAUCUGUCGUGGCUGCACAGGCUUUGUCCAUGUUCUUGGCCAUGGUACUCAGGGCUCUCGGACCAGAUCACGAAAGUUAUUACGACAGUGAUGAUGAUAAUGAACCUGCAAGGCUACCUCUCCUGAGAAGCCAGUCCCUUCGUGCGCCCUCACCUAUUGAAUCUAAUUUACCUCUCAAUAAUGAUUGGAGUGUGCGAAUUCACGACAGGGUUAGCAAGUAAAAUGGGUGCUUCGCUAGAGCAGACCCUCUUCAGGAUAUGUGGUUUUUUAAGAGGGGGCCUGAUUAUAAUUGUGUUACAACUAUUUUAGGUACACAGAAGUCAUGGUGGAUAACAUACCAAACUGUAAAUGGCACUUAAAUUGCCAAAGCAUGCACAAAUAUUAGCGUAGCAUGUAUCAAGUUGCAAUACUCGCUGUUAACAUGUUAUAUGAUUCUUAAAUCGUUGUAUCAGCAUGAUGCCUCUGACAAACAGUAAUUUCUUUUGUUGCUUUGGUCUUGUUUUGGAUCGGAAGUGCUGCGCGGAAUUUAUUUUAUUUAUCUUCAAAGAUUUGAAAGCUUCAUGAAUGAGGCAGGUUUGAGGUCGGUGGCCCUUUUCUUGAAGGUUCAAGCCCCUCACACUUUGUAUAUUUAUAUAUUCCGCCAUUAUGAAUUCUAUAUUGGCCUUUUGUGUUAA